CACCAGUCAAAUGGAACGCCACUGGCUGGAUUUUUAUAAUGAAAAUGUAAGUGUCCUUGACACCGUUACUGUUAUAAAUUCUGAGAGUGACUCAGACGAAGAAAAUAAAAAUGAUCAUCACGAGAAAAUGCUGAGAACAGCUACAGAUGUCAAUGCCAAUAAGCCAAAUAAAACUUCUAGAUCUAGAUCUAGAUCUAGAUCUAGCUCUGUUUGGAAUGAUUUUACAGUUACAAAUAUCGACCAACAUAAAAGUGUAAAUUUACUGGCUAAUAAUCUGAUCAAGAAAUUUAGAUUGGAAAAUCCUUUUAGUAGAACAGAAAAUGGUACUUCUCCGCCAAAAAAGACAAAGUUUAAAAUACAUCAUCAGCAACAAAAGUACAAAGCCCCGUGCUUUGAAGAACUGCCAGAUCUGUUAAAAAUAUCAAACACUGAAUCUCCUAUAACGAAACUUCAAGUAGUGACUUCUGAUGCAAAUGAGAAGUGUAAAGAAAGCUUUAAGAAAUCCCUCAUAAUAUCACUGUGUGACUGUAUGAAAUAUAGAACAUGUAAUAAAAUUACUAAAUGUAAAUCUCACAAUAACAUAUUCAAGCAGUCACUUAGAGAAAACCUCAAUUCAAAUACAGUUUGCAAAGAAGUUAAAUGUUUCCAAAUGGCUUCCAAAUUACAAGCUGGUUCAUACAAUCAAGUUUCAUCAAAUUUCCCUUGCAAAGAUUUUUCAAAUAAUCAAAAAUGUACAUCAAAACGGAGGAUACUUGAUGAAAGACAGGCAUAUUCACUGCCAGUGAAGAAUAAAAUGCCUGAUAUAAUGGAAGACCUGGAAAAUAUUCUCCCACAAAUGAGCAGUAACUUGAGUAAACCCAACUUUUACUGUCACAAAAAAACAAUCUUUAAAAAUAAUGUAAAUGUGGAAAGAGAUAAAUUGUCACUAGUCAAAACAGUUGAGACAUUUUCAUUUUCACAAGUCAUUGCCAGAGAUAUACCAGGGAACACAAGCUUGCACAUCAGGCUACUAACAAAUGAAAUGAACAACCUUGAAAGGAAUCUCAUCUUUGGUCAAUACUCAUCUACAUUUUUACCACUAAGCUCAAUUCAACCUUCGAAGCAGCCAUUUAAUUUUUACCACAGUCAGUGCAUAGAAAUAGCAUUAGAAGAUGGAUGCAUAGAUUUAGCAUUUGAUUUUUUGGAAGAUUUUAGUACAAAGUAUUCACCAAAAAAAGAAACAGUCCAGCUGCUUAUAAAUGCCUGGUUAAAAGUUGAGUUUACUAGUCAGACACCCAAAUCAGCUCUAACUGUUAUUUUGGAGACGUACCAGAAGCAUCCAGAAAUAAUUAUAAUUGAUGAUCCAUUUAAAAUUAGUCCCACUCUGUACCUCACGUCAAUAGAGCUUGAUUUGUUCACCAAACUCAUGUGUGACAAUGUCAAAAUUCAACAUUCACUUGCCUAUUCUCUAUUAUCUUGGUACAAAAGUAGGGACAAUGUCCUAGCUAUUUUACAGGAACUUGGAGCUUUAUUUACUAGUGAUUUAACAGCUAUACAUUUGGAAAAAAUCUACCAACUACAGCGACUACUGACCAUUAGUUUAGAGGCAACUCUUCAGGAUAAGAUAUUUGUGUUAAAAGACAUUUCCACAAAGCUGAUUGAUCUGUACAAGUCCCUAGGCAGCAUGUCUACAAAGAUCCUGUUCCUCAGCUCCACAGGCACACCAGCUCUGGUUGGUUUGGUCACUCGUGGUGUCAUUGAGUCACACUUUAUUGUGCAACACAUCACAGACCCAAGUCCUUCUCUUGCUGAUGUUGAAGAUUCUUAUUUCACAGCAGUUCCACACAUGGAGCAGUUAUACAAUGCAAGCUGUGAUUGGCGGGAAGAAUUAAGUGUCCUGUUGUACUUCACUCUAUACAGUGUCAUUGAAUCUACAAAACAUAGAACAUCAGAGAACAAUCGUUCAAGGCUUCUUACUCCUAAACUUGAGUUUCCACAUCUUACCAGACAUAAGAAUUUAUCAGAUUUACUACAUCAUUUCUUGACAUACAGUCCAGGUCUCAGUGUUAUAACCCAGGAGUAUUUGUUACAUAUUGAAACUUUAAUGGAAUUAACCAUUUGAUUCUGCAAUGUGUUUUUUUUUUCUUAUUUUAACUUAAGUUCAUCUUUUACUUUGCUUUAAUUUUAUUUCAUCUAUUACAUAAGAUACUAUGUACCUUUAAAGAAUUGUUCUUCUUAACUAAAUCAAAUAAAAAUAGAUUUCUACAUUUACUUUGUACUUAUUAAAUUAUGUUUUUCUGAACUAUACAAUAAUACAAGCUAUUAUAUUUAAUUCUUUGUAUACUAAGAGUAUUUUUAUAAUUA